GGAUCCACGGCGGGACUGAACACCCACUGGUGGGUUAAUGUCUGCCGGUUAACAACCAUAAAUCCUCUCGGACCUCUCUUCCACUGCUGUCGGUAUCAUUCCUUCCGUUGUUUACGCCAUUUUUCUCACUUUUUACUGUACAUCUAAAGUCAACAUCUAAAGCCAACAACAGUUUCCAGGCAGAAAAGCUUCCUCAUCAAAAUGGCUCCCAAAAAACGAAAGACUUCAGAAAAAAUGCCAGACAUCAGAAGCUACUUUGGGAAGGAAAAUGAUGUUCCUGGCAGUUCCUUCAAAACACCAACAAAAAGUGGUGGAAAGUCCCAGACUCUGACACAAACACCAAUGAGAGUGAAGAAGGAGAAUGGAAGUGAUUCUCUGGCAACACAUUCCCAUCGUUUCAUAGUAAAACUCACUCCAACAGAACUUAAAGAGUACACCAUCAGCUGCGAUCAACCGCGUACAAUCCUGGAAUCAAUUAGAUCCGGUCUUGGCACAACUGAGAAGAUAAUGAAGUAUGCAGAUGAGAGCAUCAUCAUUCAGUUGGGUAAACAGGACAAGGAAUUUGUGGUUCCGACACAUUUCCCUUGUUCUUGUAUUGGUGAUGGGGAGACAGUGAUUUUACAUCACUAUAUAUCAGAAAAGAUUGAGAAAGUUCAGGAGCAGCAUGACAAAACCAUACAUCCAAAAGACAAUUAUUCUGUCUUCUACAUUGAUACCGUUGGGGGUCUGAAAACCAAAACAAAGGAGUUUUUCAGAAACACAAUCAUUAAACAGUUCAAGUUUCUCUGUGUUUAUGGGGAAAAGGGGAUGACGGUUGAAGAGGCUCUGAAGCAAGAUGGCCGAUUCCUUGACAAUCUUGGAGAAUUCAAGUUGUCUGAUAACAAAAACCACCGCCUCACUGUGCACACACAGAAGGUUGAUGGCCUCCACCGUAAGAAGUUCAAGAUACGUCUUCCACUGAAUAAACGGGAAAGUGUUGGAAACCCAACAAUCUCCAUCCUAAAUGUUGCUCGUGUCAGUGGGAGGAGUGUUAAAAAAGCAAUGGAAGAGCCAGUUAACAGCGGCUGCUCCACUGAAGAGAUUUAUGAACUUCUGCGUCAGCAGUUUCCAGAGCUGAAAGAAUGGAUGGAGAGCAGGUUCCCUGGUGAUUCUUAUGAGAAAGCUCUGAACCUCGGGACUGAGAAGUUUGGAAAGAUUCAACAGUCUUUCAGUGAAGUUCAUAGACUUGAGAAGUUGAUCAGAAUGGGCAAAUCUGUCUGUAAAGUCAUUGUUACUAAUGCUUCACAGGGAACAGGCUUUGUGCUGUUUGACAAGUUUAUCCUGACCAGUGCACACCUGUUUAAAGACUGUGUCCAAGGAAAGAAACUGCUGGAUCACGUAGAAGUCUAUGCUCUGUUUAACUAUGACGAACCUGAGCCAGAGACAAAUUACUUUCACUUCUCUGCUGAGAAAACAUUUGUUGACAUUGACUUUGAGCUGGAUUUUGCUGUCCUUCAGCUGAAACCAGAUGGCACAAAACCCAACUCCAAAUCCAAACCAGACAAUGUAAAAGUACCACCAGGGCUGCUGAACAGAUUUGGUCCACUUCCUGGAAGUGGAGAGGCCUGUCUUAUUGGACACCCUGCAGGAAGUGUGAAGAAAAUAGAUCCUACAUGCAUCAUUGAGCCAGAAAAGAGAAAAGAGGCUGUCAUGGAUCAUUUGGCUAAAUACAAAGACCAAAGGGUCAUUGUCAAAAAAGUAAAUGAACUGAAGAACCAAGGCAUUGAUGAUAUAAUGAUGGGUGGAGAAAAAGCAGAAAAGGUGGCUGCUUACAACACUUUCAUGUAUCAUGGAGCUUCUGGCUCUCCAGUGUUUGAUGCUCAUGGCCAGAUUUUUGGGAUUCACACUGGAGGAUAUGGUCUUGGCGACCAUGUUAUUGAGUACGCCCAUCUUCUGCUCAGUAUAUUUGAGAAGUUUGUGAUUAAUCUGAAGGAAAGUGGAAAUGAUCAGAUGUUGGAGAAGGUUAAGGAGGCAGUGACUGAGAAGGACUACCUUAAGAAGAUCCUCCAGGUUGAGCCAAUGGAGGUGGAUCAGGCCAAAUACACUUAGAACGUUUCUGACCUACAUCUUUAACUUUCUCAAGAUUCAAAAAUUUAAUCAGACUAACAUGUCAGUUCAUAUUUGCUAGACCUGCUAAAUUCCUACAUUCACAGAAGAUGGUGAUGAGACAACCAGUCCAUUUCAGAGACAAAAAACAACCAUUUACACAUCACCAUCUUGGACAUGCAGAUGUGACUCUUAUCCAAAGCUGCAUUAUCAGAAAGAUGAAAGUGUGUGGACAGACCAUCCAACUCCAGACCAUCCAACUCCAGACCAUCCAACUCCAGACCAUCCAACUCCAGACCAUCCAACUCCAAACCAUCCAACUCUACACCAUCCAACUCUACACCAUCCAACUCUACACCAUCCAACUCUACACCAUCCAACU